AUGAAAAAGCUGAAAAGUAAACUAGAGAGCACCAAUACAGACAGUUUUGGUAUUUCUGGAAGUGAUUUCACAAGAACUUAGAAAUCUAACCGUCGAUUUUUGAUCAACAAUACUAUGAAAAUGUAAACUGAAUCAACAGAUUAGUUGAAAUUGGAAUUACCACCUGUUGUGAAUCUACCUUUUAAGAGUAAGAUUAGAUCAUAGAAAUAAUCUCGAAAUAUGUUAAGAACAAGCGAUUUAUUUAAUGUAUAUAAGGCACCUCAAACAUUGGCAACGAAUCCGGAAUAGUUGUUAAAAAAGACGAGAUAAUAUCAAUUAUCACAAACGCUAAUAAAGUAUUAUUCUGAUGAAAUUGCUACUAUUAAAGAUCAGUAGACUUUGGAUGACUAGGAGAUAGAAAACUAGAUUUCUAAAUAUAUAAAUGAAGCUAUUUAGAGUUUGGAGAUUUUGAUUAAGAAAAUUCAAAAUUUAUUGUAAUAUAAAUAAAAUAGGGAGAAGAGUGAAUAAGAAAUGAGAGAAAUUAUGCAGGAGUGUUUUAAAUAGAAAAAUUUAUGUAUACAAUAAAGGUUGUGUUAUAUUUUUGGCAAAAUGGAACAACUGUUCUUUAAUCCAUUAUCAGGAGCCAUAUAUUUUAAAUUGUGCAAACGGUUGUCAGAUAAUGAAAUAUAUUUUCGAAAUAAGAUGAAAGCAUAUCGAGGAUUAGGAGAAUGCUUAUUGAGAGUUCGACCUAAAUUAAGUUAAUUGUAUUUUACCAAAUAUUUGAUGUCAGCAUGGAAGUUGAAUGAGAAGAAUCACGAACUAUAUGCUUAUGAUUUAUUAGGAAAAUAUUAUUUUUAUGUUGGCCAAAUUGAAAAGGCAAAGCAAUUUCAUGAAAAAAUGAUAGGAGGUUAUUGUGAAGUAUGUAAUAUCUAUGAUGAUUGUAGGUUCCUGAUUCUAGAGUUAGAAUAUUGGCCUAAAGUCGUUUAGAACAAGGUUCUUUAUCAAAUAGAAUUAAUAGAGAACAUCAAGUAGUUGAUAUUGAUGUUGUAACGUCUGAUGAUGAAUGUUAUGAAAUUGUCUUAACUUAACCAUAAUAAAUUACAGUAGCCACUGUGAGUUCUGUAAAAUAUUUUCAAAGAAAGAUUCCUGAUCCUAAAUCUGUAAAAGAAGAAGCCAAUACUAAUAUUAGAUAAAAAAAAACUAAAUAUAAUUCUCAACUCCUUGAAAUUGGAACAGAAUUUGACAUGUCUAAAUUAGUUAUUUCAAAUCCUCAUCUUAAUAUUGGAGCCAUUAAAGAUCGUGUUCUAUUAAGUCAUAUGAGUCCUAACAGAAAACUAGAAAUGUAUUAAUACCUUUGUUUGGCCAGUGAUAAAAAUGCUUUCAAUAAUGUUAAUCUGCUAUCUGGAUUAUAUGAUAGAUUUGAAAUUAGUAAAAUCAACAAAUACCUGACUAAGUUGAUUUCUCUUUUGAGCACUGUCUAAUAAUGGUUAAUCACCUAAUUAAAGUCAAAAUCAGUUACUCGUAGAUGUGCUCUGCUUUGA